AUGCCUGCUGCAGUCACUAACGAGGAUGAGGCCACCAGGGCAGGUGCCGCUACUAAAGAGGAUGAGGCCACUAAAGACGUUCUGGAUUCGCUCGGCGAUCUCCCACCCACCUCCUUCCUCGCACCUUCCUCGGACCUUUCGCAGCAGCUUCGCACCGCAGUGAAGGCGCUAUUCGACUCCGGAAUGUCCAACCUGGACGCCGCAAAGGACGCCGCAUCCGACGCCGCAUCUGGCGGAGGGAAAAAAGGAGCGUCCCGUAUGACCAAAUCCCAGUCGCUAGCCCCGGAAAAGAAGCUUCCUGGGCUUUUCGUGGACGGAUUUGAUUCUGAGCAAAUCUGGUGCCAGCUGGACCUCGCUUUGGCGCCAACGCUUCCCCGCAUUCGGCGGCGGCUGAAGCGGGCGGAGGAGCUCACGGAAGGGAAGGCGGUGGGGCAGGAGUUUUUUCGGGUUCCAAAGCUUGUCAGGAGGAAAGGCGGAAUGGGGGAAGGCGGACAGGGGGGAGGGAAAGUCAAAGGGAAGGAGAUGCGGGGGAAGGGGGGGAAAGGGGGGAAGGGGCGAGAAGGGGAAGGGGACGAGGAGGGAAGUGACGAGAAGGAGCGGGUACAGGGUUUCGGAUAUGAGGACUUCUUUGGAAGGAAAGCGCCAGAGAGCCACCUGGAGGCGGAUCGGGCAAUGAGGGGCGAGGAGGAGGAGGAUGUGGAGGAUGUUGAGGUGGAGGAGUGGGAGGGGGAGGAGGAGGAAGAGGAAGAGGAGGACGACGAGGAGGGAGAGGAUGAGGAGGGAGAGGAGGAGGAUGAGGAGGAAGGAGGGGAGGAGGGGAAGGCAGUGGUGGAGAGAAGGAAGAAGGGGCUAUUGGAAGAGGAGGAUGAUGAGGGUGGAGAGAAGGAGGACGAGGAGCCCAAGUCAUUGUACGAGAUCCGCCUGGAGCGGCUGCGGAAGCGCAUGCGGCAGCUGGAGGCGGAGAACCUCCACGUGGAGGCGCGCCAUUGGACGAUGCGCGGCGAGGUGACAGCUGGCAGCCGCCCGAAGAACAGCGCGCUGGCGGCUGACCUGGACUUUGAGCACGCCGCCCGCCCGGCGCCCAUGAUUACAGAGGAGGUGACUCAAACGAUUGAAGAGAUCAUCAAGAAGAGAAUUCUCAACCAACAAUUCGAUGACGUGGAGCGGAAGGCCAAGCCUGUUGCGACACCUGUCAAGGGAAGAUUGGAGCUGGACGACAAUCCCAGCGCCCAAGGCCUGGCGGAGAUCUACGAGGCUCAGUUCCUCAAGGCGGCUGGUCAGGCACCCGAGGGCAUGAGCGCCACUGAGCAGAUCAAACACGAGGCCGCCCGCAUGUUCAAGCACCUCUGCACCAAGCUGGACGCUCUCUCGCACUUCCACUUUGCUCCCAAGCCGAUCAUGGAUGACAUUGACGUCACAGCCAACGUGCCGGCCAUUGCAAUGGAAGAGGUGGCGCCAGUGGCGGUGUCAACGGCAAGCAUGCUGGCGCCAGAGGAGUCCCCAUUCUGUCUAAACUCUCCCAACACAUUUCCCCUCUCCCCUGCUCUCGCUCCUCUCCAUGGUGCUUGUGCAGGAGAGAAGGCCGAAGACCAGAAAACCUCACAGGCAGCCCCUGGCACAGCAUCUUGUGUGGGUGGUGCUGCUGCUGGCAUUGGUGGGCGCAAGAUACCGUGUUCCCUUCCCCCUGCCCUCCCUUCUUCCUCUUGUGCUUGUGCAGGAGAGAAGGCCGAAGACCAGAAAACCUCACAGGCAGUCCCUGGCACGGCAUCUGGUGUGGGUGGUGCUGCUGCUGGCAGUGGUGGGCGUAAGAUACGGGUGGUGGAGAAGGGGCAGCAGAAGCAGGGCCUUUCAGAUUUCACCAAUUCAACAAAGGUACGCCCUUCUUACCUGCCCUUCUUACCUGCCCUUCUUACCUGCCCUGCCCUUUUCCCCCCUCUUUUCCCACUUUUUCCCGCUUUCGUCCCUAUCAUGGUCCAAUCUGCGUCAUUUGUCCCACUUUUCCACUCACAUCCACAACGCUGUCUCGAGCAUCUGGCAGCAGGAGGUGCUUUCACUGUCUUCACACACAUUCAGGACAUCAGAGCAUCUGGCAGCGAGAAGCAGCGGGCGGCAGCGCCAUCGCAGCUUGAGCCUCAGCAGAUUCGGGCGGCGGCACUCAAGCUGUGA